AUGAAAGUGUCUAAAGCUAGAGGAGUCGCCGUGAUAGUGACACUGUCUGGUAUCAGCUUCCUCAACACAAUGGGCUCCGGAAUCUUGAUCGCGGCACUGCCUCGGAUCGCGAAAGAUGUCGGCUUGGACAAAAGUCUGAUCUUGUGGCCAGCAGCCGUCUACGCCCUCGCAGCAGGUUGCCUUCUGCACGUCUUCGGCAGCGUGGCCGACAUCCUCGGGCCCAAGCCAACCUGGAUCGCCGGCAGCUUCCUCUUCAUAAUUUUCACCGUAGCUCUCGGCCUCGCGACCACCGGCAUCCAGGUUAUAAUGUUCCGGACGUGUCUCGGUAUCACUAUGUCGAUGUGCCUACCUACCACCGUAUCCCUGAUCACGAACACCUUCCCCAAGGGCAAGUGGAGGAACACCAGCUUCGCAAUGAACGGGAUGGCUCAGCCCCUGGGGUACGCUCUAGGCUUGGUGCUUGGCGGCGUGUUUACCGACACGAUAGGGUGGCGCUGGGCAUAUUGGAUCAUGGCCAUCAUUAACUUUUGCAUAUCCACCAUCUCGAUGUGGUCCCUUCCAGAUGUUCGGCACGUGUCGUCCAAGACGUGGACACGGCGGCUCAUCGAGGACGUGGACUGGAUCGGAGUGACAGGGCUAAGCAUUUCGCUUGGCCUUAUCAUGUACAUCCUCGCAGGUAAGCUGACCACCACCACCACUACUGGAAUCUCGUGCAACGAGGAUCGGGCCGCGCUGACAGGCAGUGCCACAGUGGUGACGUCCGACUACCGCAAGAUCAGUCAGCCGGCGACUAUCGUCCUGCUAAUUAUAUCCCUCCUGCUCAUCGCAGCUUUCCCACUCUGGAUGCAUUACCAGGUGCGGCGCGAGCGACCAGCGUUGAUCCCCAACCGGCUUUGGCGUCAGCCUGCCUUCACAGCUGCAUGCCUGGGCGUCUUCUUCUGCUGGGCCUCCCUGAACGGGAUAGAGUACUUCACCACGCUGUACUUUCAACAAGUCCAGGGUCUACCGGCGCUCGACUCGUCGAUCCGCUACUUUUCUCAGAUUGUCAUGGGCACAUCCAUCAACGUCGUACUCAUCUAUCUUAUCCCGCGAGUGCGGGUAGUCACACUCUGCGUCGUCACGGCUGCAGCCACGCUCGUCUCUCCCGCGCUCAUGGCCACCGCCGCGAUGGACGAGAACUAUUGGCUCCGGCCGUUCUGGGCGCUGCUCCUCUGCCCCGUGAACCCGUGGGUGCUGUUCAGCGUCUGCAACCUCGUCAUAUCCGACGCGUUCCCGCCCGAGAUCCAGUCCCUCGCGGGCGGUGUGUUCAACGAGGUCGCGCAGUUCGGAAACUCGGUGGGACUGGCGGUGACAGCUGCCAUCGCGGCGUCUGUGACUGAGCAUUCGACCAGCACUUCGGAAAGGGAGGCGUUGAUGGAUGGGUUCCGAGCUGCAUUUUGGACAGUGUUUGCGAGCACGGGCAUGGUGAUGCUGGUCACAUUCAUUGGCUUCAGGAAGAUUGGCAUAAUUGGAAAGUGA